UUGUCCAGCCCCCUUAAACGAAGCAGUACUCCACCGGAAACUGCAGUCUCGGUAGUAAUGAUCUGAACAGCGAGUUAGACGAAACUAGUGUGUAAAUGAAACCAUGGAUGUCGUGUUGUAUAUUCUAGCUGCAGCGGUCCUUAUUUUCCUCAUUGUGUUUGCGCUAAAGGUGCAGAGGAAAACGCGGGACGCUGAUCAGGAGCAGAGGAGGGAUGUUGUCCAGGCAGCGGGGGGCCCUGCGCGGGCUCCGGAGGAGAGGGGAGCUGGGAUGCCCCGCAGGAGGAGGAAUCUUGGUGCUGCGAUGGCCAACAGGCGGCCACCGAGAGCAGUUCAGGGUAAACUAACUUUAGAAGAGGAGCUUGUAGAGGAUGAGGAAGAAGAGCUGCAGAACAGCCAACCAGCAGCAAAAAUUGGAGCCAAGAAGCAGAAGAAGUUGGAGGAGAAACAGGCCAAGAAAGCCCAAAGAGAGGCAGAGAUGGAGGAGAGGGAGGAAAGGAGGAGGAUGCAGGAGCUCCGAGAGCAGGAGAAACGGCAAGAGGAGGAGCGAGAACGGAUGCUGGAACAGAAGGAGGAGGAGGAGGAGCGUCGGGCUAAAGAGGACCAGGAGCGGCGAGAGGAAGAGGAGUACUUGAGACUCAAAGCCUCAUUUAUCAUUGAGGACCAGGGAGAGCAGGAACAGCUGUCAGAAGACCAGUCCCGCAGUCUGCUGCAGGACUUCAUAGACUACAUCAAGACAUCUAAAGUGGUUCUCCUCGAGGACUUGGCGUCUCAUUUCGGGAUGAGGACACAGGAUGCAAUCGCCAGACUGCAGGACCUGUUAGCUGAAGGCACGCUCACAGGUGUGAUCGACGACAGAGGGAAGUUCAUCUUCAUUACUCCUGAGGAGCUGGACUCGGUGGCUCAGUUCAUCAGACAGAGAGGCAGAGUCUCCAUCACAGAGCUGGCUCAGGCCAGCAACUCUCUCAUCAACCUGAUGCCUGAGAGCUGCAGCUCUGCCUGAUAGACAGCAGGGGGAGCCCCGCAGAAUAAACUGAACAUUCAUCAUGGCUGAGAACACAGCUUUACUAAGAUUGGGAUUCAGUUGAGAUGAUCUCAUUCAAUCUAAAGAUGUUUGACUUUGUAGAGAUUAAAUAAAUGUUUUCUUUUGUUUGACUGUUGGUCUGAAGUGUGACAGGAGGUCUCAGCACGCUCUGGAAUGUAAAACAUGGGUCGAUAUAUAUUGUUUGGAACUAUCUUUUAAUUUGUUUCUAAAAUAAAUCCCUGCCAGAGAUUAAAUGUACAAAUGCAGUUAAGAGGAAUGUUCGCAGAACCCUAAAGUGCAGUGGGCCAGUCAAGAAACAUGCUCCUAACAUACAGACACAAAAAACUUUUUCAUCCUUGGAAAGUUGUUUAAAAAGCCUAAAAAUAAACUCAAAAAUAUCCA